CGACAGUGGCGUGGCCGCGGCAGGAGCAGCCCUGUCCAAUAGCAGGAGACUUUUGCAUGAACGGUGGUACCUGCCUAUUUUUUGAGACUGUCGGUGAACCGGCAUGCAAAUGCGCGGAGGGCUUCACGGGUCUGCGGUGCGAGACGAAGGAUGUCAGCAGCACCGGAAGUGUGUAUAACCGGCGUAGGGCACCUUUUUCCUGCAAGCUGGGACUCUCUACCUCGUACUACUGCUAGCGAUAAUCGCGCGGGGCCCUUUUUAAUCAUGAGUAGACCUUUUUCUACCCUCGCGGUAUACUGCAGUGUAGGAACCCACGAGAUAGAGUCGUGAGAGGGCCAACGCGCGACCAAAGAGGGAAGGGAAAAGCGUAUGAACGAAGAAAAGUAGGCGGAUCAGAAACACGGACGCGAAAUGAUUAGACAAGGGAGAGAAAUUGAGAUAAAGAAUUAGAAAUGACGAAUUUCGAAUCCGUCGAUCUCGGGCAUUAGGACGGGUCCUAUGUAUUUUAUAAUAAUAAGAACAAGUUAGGUUCCAAAUAGUUUGGACCGGGCAUUCGUACCUUCUUCAAUUUCUACGGCUGACGCUACUUAUACACCUUUUCCUUAUUAUUCUUCUUUCUCUGUACGCUCUUUUAUUUCCUUUUGCUCUUCUU